UCUUCUGUCUCUUUCUUUUACGUGCAACCGAACUUAGUUUGCCUGUUAAUUAUAUUUAAAAACUCCGUUUAAAAUGCCUCCACUAGCAAAAACCACGCUGAAGUACUUCAAACAACUUUUGUUAAUAUGCUGAGCGUUCGUUAUCUGCAAACAAAACAAUUGGAAAAUUUCAAUUUACCGCGUCAAAUGAGCUUUUUUGUACUUUUUCUUCUUAUCAGCAAAAAACGGUUCUCCAACAAGAACUGCGAAUAGUUUCGAAAGCAAUAUCCAUCAGCAACGGAUCAUAUCCGUAAUCUAGAUACAGUGGUCUGGCAUAAAUCUACGUGCUUUGUAUCCUCUCCCAUUCGCGCAUAAUUCUACACUGCGGGGACACCAGCAAGCAAGGGCCUGGGAUGCACAAAUUCGAUUAGCCUGCCUGUUGGACACGGUCGCGCCGGGUCAAUGUGUGUGAGAAAGAGAACAUUGAUAAUAGUUAUCAGCCGUGGGGGUUUUGUUUAAAAGUAACGCUCGACCGACUGACCACCGCACAGUUGUUGUUCGCAGUACGCGGAGUGCGGUUCCCGGUUGUGUGUCUGUUCCUUUGUCCAGUUCAGCGUCCUAACGUACACGCGUGUGUUGUAACUACGCGUUUCCAUAAGCGGCCAUUUCGGCAAAAUGGCGCACAAAUCCUUGGCGGUGGCUUCGCUGAUCGUGAUCCUGCUGUGCGGACAAUGUGAGGUUAACGGAAAGCGUAGAUUUUGGCGUGGAAAACUGUUCGAAACGAAUGAACGUACGACGGAUUCAGAUCUGUACACUGGAAGUGAGCCGUUUCCGGACCAAUGGUUCGAGCAACAGCUAGAUCACAACGAUCCCACGAAUGGGGCGACCUGGAAACAGCGCUACCAGGUCAACGAUCAGUUCUUCAACGCGUCCGAUCCUAAUGCGCCCGUCUUCCUUAUGAUUGGUGGAGAGGGUGAGGCCAAGCCCGACACGAUGGGAAAAGGAGCUUGGAUCCAUUAUGCAAAAGCACACGGUGCACUGUGCUUCCAGCUCGAGCAUCGGUUCUACGGCAAAAGUCAUCCGACGGCGGAUCUUUCUACGAGCAGUCUCGCGUACCUUACCUCGGAACAAGCUCUCGCCGAUCUGGCGUACUUUAUCGUGGCCAUGAACGAAAAGUACAACCUGCAGCCGCACAAAAACCGUUGGAUCGCUUUCGGUGGUUCCUAUCCUGGGUCGCUUGCUGCGUGGCUAAGGGAAAAGUAUCCCUCGCUGGUAUACGGUGCCAUCAGUUCCAGUGGACCAUUGCUGGCCAAGAUUGAUUUUAGCGAAUACUUCGACACCGUCACCCAUUCGCUUGCACGCUACUCGUCCGCCUGUGUGGAAGCGGUUCGAAGUGCCAUCAAGCAGAUGGAAACGCUUCUGAAGCACAUGAUCGGCCAGCGUACGCUUAACGACAAAUUCAAGCUCUGUGAUCCGGUAGAAAAAUCGAUCGAAACCCCAAUGGACAUUGCAAAUCUGUUCCAGAAUGUUGCCGGUCUGUUUGCCGGUGUGGUUCAGUACAACAAGGACAAUAGUCCGCACAGUUCCGUAACGAUCGAUCAGGUGUGCGAUAUAAUGGUGAAUCAAAGCAUUGGGGCGCCGUUCAGCAGGCUAGCGGAGGUGAACCGGCUGCUACUGGAGCUUAGUAAUACGACCUGCCUGGACUAUGUGUACGAUAAGUCGAUACAGGAAAUAAGGAACACUUCCUGGGAAUCUUCGGCAGCCAACGGAAUGCGACAGUGGACUUACCAAACCUGCAACGAGUUCGGAUUCUACCAAACGUCCAGCAACGCCAGCUCGGUGUUUGGUGAUCGUUUCCCGGUAGAAUUCUUUAUUCGUCAAUGUGUCGAUACGUACGGCGCUCGGUUCGGGGCGCAAUCGCUUACCCGAGGCGUGUACCGAACGAACACCAUCUACGGUGGACUAGAUCCGGCCACCACCAACGUACUGUACGUGCACGGUAACAUCGACCCAUGGCACCGGUUGGGACUGACCGAGAGCAACGACAUUCACAUGCCAACCAUCCUGAUCGACGGGACGGCCCACUGUGCGAACAUGUACGAACCGCUGGACAGUGAUCCUCCGCAGCUGAAACAAGCCCGCCUGGAAAUCGAUACCUUUAUUACGAAUCUCCUCGCAAUGGGGAGCAGCUAUUGAGUAUAAGAUGUGUCAUAAAUACAUGUAAACUGUUGUAAAAAAA